UGUUUUUUUUUGUAUUGAACAAUCUUAUAUAUAUUUUCUGUGUUGAAUUAAAAAAAAAAAAAAUAAAUAAAAAUGUCUUCAACUGUGGCACGUUCAUCGAAAUACUCAUAUAGAGCCAGUUCAACUGGAGGCGGAGUUGCUGAUGUCAACAUUGAAUAUACCGCCGAUUUAUCAGCACUCUCACGCUUGGAGGAUAAAAUCCGUCUGCUCCAAGAUGAUCUUGAAGUGGAACGUGAAUUGCGCCAAAGGAUUGAACGUGAGAAGGCAGAUCUCAGCGUACAAGUCAUCCAAAUGUCUGAGCGUCUGGAAGAGGCUGAAGGUGGUGCUGAACAUCAGUUCGAAGCUAACCGCAAACGUGAUACUGAACUUUUAAAACUGCGUAAAUUGCUCGACGAUGUUCAUCUAGAAUCUGAAGAAACAACAAUGAUUCUGAAAAAGAAGCACAACGAAAUUAUGAAUGAUUUUCAAGAACAAGUUGAAAUCCUAACGAAAGCUAAAGCCAGGGCCGAAAAAGAGAAGGCCAAAUUCCAAGCUGAAGUCUAUGAAUUGCUCAGCCAAAUCGAAGUCUCAAACAAAGAGAAAAUCUAUGCUAGCAAGCACAUUGAAAAGCUAGAAAUCACCAUUACCGAACUGAAUGUGAAAAUUGAAGAAAUCAAUCGCACAGUUAUCGAUAUCACGUCUCACAAGACACGUCUCCACCAGGAGAAUAUCGAAUUGAUCAAGGACGUCCAAGAUCUCAAGUCACAAGUCGACACAAUCUCAUAUUCCAAGAGCCAGGUCAUCUCGCAAUUGGAAGAUGCUCGUCGCCGUUUGGAAGAUGAAGAUCGUCGUCGCUCUAGCCUCGAGUCAUCUCUUCAUCAAGUUGAAAUCGAACUGGAAUCAGUUCGAUUGCAACUCGAAGAAGAAUCCGAAGCACGUAUCGACUUGGAACGUCAGUUGGUCAAGGCAAAUGGUGAUGCAGCUUCAUGGCAAUCCAAAUAUCAAUCCGAACUCGCUAGCCACCACGAAGAAGUUGAAGAACUCCGUCGCAAGUACACUGUACGCAUCACUGAGCUUGAAGAACACAUCGAAUCGUUGAUCGUUAAGGUUAACAAUUUGGAAAAACAAAAGACUCGCUUCCAGAGCGAGAUUGAAGUUUUGAUCAUUGAUUUGGAGAAAUCCAACAAUUCUUGCCGGGAAAUGCAAAAGACUGUUGUGUCAUUGGAAAAGAUCAAUGUUGAUUUGAAAUCUCGCUUGGAAGAGACCAUUCAAUUGUACGAGAUUUCGCAACGCGACUUGAGGAACAAACAAGGCGAAUUGACGAAGACCGUUCAUGAAUUGGAGAAGACUCGUGAUGCCAACAGUCAACUUGCACGUGAAAACAAAAAAUUGGGAGAUGACCUCCACGAAUCCCGUGCCACCAUCUCUGAAAUCACUCGCCGCUUGCACGAUUUGGAAUUGGAACUCCGCCGUCUGGAAAACGAACGCGAUGAAUUGACCGCUGCUUACAAGGAAGCUGAAGCUGGUCGCAAGGCUGAGGAACAACGUGCUCAACGCUUGGCAUCUGACUUCGGUCAGUUCCGCCACGAUGCUGAACGCCGCAUUCACGAAAAGGACGAAGAAAUCGAGGCUAUCCGCAAACAAACUUCCAUCGAAAUUGAACAAUUGAGCGCACGUGUCGUUGAGGCCGAAACCCGCCUCAAGACCGAAGUCCAGCGCAUCAAGAAGAAGUUGCAAAUUCAAAUUACCGAAUUGGAAAUGUCCUUGGAUGUCUCCAACAAGACCAACAUUGAUUUGCAAAAGGUCAUCAAGAAGCAAUCAUUGCAAUUGACUGAAAUCCAAGCUCACUACGAUGAAAUCCAAAGGCAAUUGCAACAAACUUUGGACCAAUACACUGUCGCUCAACGCCGCAUUCAAACUUUGAGCGGUGAAUUGGAAGAGAUGCGCGGUGGAUUGGAAAGUGCCCAACGUGCCAAGCGUAAUGUUGAAUUACAAUACGAAGAAGCUCAAACCCGCAUUACCGAAUUGUCAUCGGUUAACAUUAAUUUGGCUUCAAUUAAGUCGAGACUCGAACAAGAAUUGUCAGUUGUUGCUUCAGAUUAUGAGGAGGUUACCAAGGAAUUGCGCGUUAGUGAUGAACGUUACCAGAAGGUUCAAGUUGAAUUGAAGCAUGUCAUGGAAGAAUUGCACAUUGAACAAGAGCGCAUUGUUAAGAUCGAAACCAUCAAGAAGUCUUUGGAAGUUGAAGUCAAGAAUUUGUCCAUCCGUCUUGAAGAAGUCGAACUGAACGCUGUCGCUGGAAGCAAACGUAUCAUCAGCAAAUUGGAAGCUCGCAUUCGUGACUUGGAAUUGGAAUUGGAAGAAGAAAAGAGGAGGCACGCCGAAACAAUCAAGAUCCUCAGGAAGAAGGAACGCACUGUUAAGGAAGUUAUGAUUCAAUGCGAAGAAGACCAAAAGAACAUUAUUUUGUUGCAAGAAGCUUUGGAUAAAUCUACCGCUAAGAUCAGCAUGUUCAAGCGUCAAUUGAACGAACAGGAGGGUAUGUCUCAACAAACUGUCACCCGUGUCCGCCGUUUCCAACGUGAACUUGAAGCUGCCGAAGAUCGUGCUGAUUGCGCCGAAAGCAACUUGAACAUGAUCCGUGCCAAGCAUCGUACAUUCGUCACCACCUCAACUGUUCCCGGCUCUGUUCAAUAUCUUGUCCAGGAAACAACAAGAACGAUCACCGAAUAAAUUAAAUUAUAUCUCAACAUAUAUAAAUUCAUUUUUUAAUUAUUUAAAUUUAAAAUAAAAAGAAGAAAAAAAAAAACAAAAAACAAAUUACCAACUACACAUAAAUAAAAAAAAAGCUACACAUUAUUAUAUAAGGCAUCAUCAUCGGUAGCAGAAUAACAACAACAAAAUUAACAACAAUCAACUAAAAAUAAUAAAAUGUUAAACUUAUGUAUUUUGCAACAAAAAAACAAACAAAAUUAAUUAAUUUUAUUUCAACAAAAUCUGCCAAACGAGAGAUAUACAUAUUUAUUCGGAAAUAUAUAAUAUAUUUUUUUUAGGUUAUUUCCCAUUAAAAUAUGCAGUCAACUGGAUACACAACCAGCUACACCUAACACACGCUAUUACAUUUAAUAAUUGUGUCUCUCGGUAUUUAAUAAUGAUAGUUUUUUUUAAAUCAUAAAACAAUGAAUUCUUGGUUGAAAAAUA